ACCGAAAGUAGAGUCAAAUCCGAAAGGGCAACGCAACGACCAACGUCGGCGCAUUUUACCAUCAUCCUUGACAGCCAGAACGGAGGAGAAUACGCACCCACACCGUCGUUUCGCCACCUUUCAGUGCACAUGAGUAGAACAGUUGAUGGCGAGUGCAUCCACCAGAAAGAAACUUAACAAGCGAUCAUCCCCCAAGCCUCAACAACACUAUUCGUCCAUGUCGUCUUCUCCUUCUUCUUCGCCGUUGUCGUCGUCGCCUCGUCUCAAUUACAGAAAGAUCUCUCUGAUUGUUUCAGUCAUUCUAAUUAUAAGCGUAAUUAUUCUAUUAAACAUUUCAUGGAGCAUGUGGAUCAAUUUCGGAACCAAAACCUCCCGGAAUCAACUUUACUUCAUUGAAGUAAUCAACGAGUUUCCUCACGAUCCCAACGCCUUCACUCAGGGGCUUCUGUAUGGAGGAAAUGAUACUUUAUUCGAGUCAACUGGAUUGCGCAAACAUUCAUCAGUUCGGAAAGUGGAACUUCAGACCGGGAAGGUUGAGGCUAUUCAGAAAAUGGAUAACGUCUAUUUUGGAGAAGGCUUAACUCUACUUGGUGAAAGGUUUGUGAUGGAAGAAUUGAUGAUAUCAAAUGCCAGUUCUUAAAGAAAUUGAAUUUCUCAAUGUUAGUCUUAACAUCUGUUGCCUUUGAAAUU